CCUGCGGUCGUCAUGUUCCGCCACUUGCCAGCUCCGUACAAGAUCUUCUCAUCCAGUCUUUCAUCGCUUCAGGAGGGCCACGCUCUGUGGUACCCCGAGCCACACGAGUCGGGAGAGCCCCAGAUCGGAGACGUAGGCUUCCUACUCAGGGGCGCGUUCAUCAGGCUCUUCAACUUGGACACCUCUCUGCCCGAGAGGAAAGUCUCAUUCUGGCACACGACGUUCGAGGACAUAGAGCCUUUACCCCCGCGUGCGUUCCAGAUCGAUCGCAGGCAUCGCCCGCUCGUUCCCGACAGCUAUCGCAGUCAUGGAGUUGAGAACACGCGGGUACAUUCUUCCGAAGACAUAAACGCUGGGAACAACAUAUCUGCGACUCUGAAUACCGAGUACACGUGCAGGGCGGCACAUGGCGCGGUUCUACAACUGAGCAGCGAAGCGCACCCCGAAACGAUAUUCGAGAGUCGGGAGCUGAAGAAGUAUAUCGUCCGAAAUCACGACAAAUGGUUCGCAUACACCAUGGGCGAGCUAGGCCAGGCUAUCGAGCCCGCGGAUCUCGUCAUGGUCAGUGGCUGGGUCAAGACCGAAGCGGACUGGGCGACAGCUACCUUUAGCAACAUGAGCACGAGCACGAUCGCCUCGCUCGAAGGCCGUGUUGGCGACAUCGGGGGGUUCGACACGGACACAUCGCACACGAGCUUCGUGGCCGGCCCAACGAUGCAACGACACGGCGAAAACUAUUUGGCGCGCAUGUCUGGCACCCGUGCUGCAAGAUUAACGAGGGAUCAGUGCGUCUUCUUGAAGCGUUAUAGGUUGAAAACACGGCUGGAAGUCUUGCGGAGAGCUGCCGCCCGCGCGGCCUACCACCGAUAUUCGGAAAUGGUAGACGAGGGAGAUUUCUCAGGGGAUGAAGAUGACGUCGUGCUGGAGGUGGGGGACCCUGACGAAGACGACUCGGAUAUGGAGGGAGAGAGCGAUGUUGCCGAUCUCCUGGACAUCCUUCUGGACUACAUACUGGAGACCACUGAUGUCGAGAUCGCAAUUGCAAGUGAUGAUGAAAUCGCGAGUAUUAUGGGUGACAAUCAGGUAGACGACUUCGCAGGCUACCUUCGUCAAAUGCAGGUUCCCGUUGAGGUCGCCGACAAGGUUGGAUCGAUAUGCAUAGAAGAUGUAAUAUCUCAUGAACAAGAUCGUGCCCUCGCGUCUCGCACCAUUCCUGGCUCCGAUUUUGAGGAAUGGCCGAACGUCACCCUCGACGGCGCCGGUCGUUUGGAUAACCCUCAGCAAAUUUUCAUUGGACCCACGGAAGCGGAGGCUCGACCCCUACAAUUGAAGCAGCUCAUCUUCCAUCCUUCAAAUGCCGAUUUUUGCAGGUGCUGGGCCCUGUCUACCGAUGGCAAGCUUCUGGCGGCGUCGUUCUACAUUGACGAAAUCUUUGUAUGGCGACUCUCAGAUGGCCUGCUAGUUCAGCGCCUAUGCCGUCAAGGCCACACCAACUGCGUUGACUCCUUGGCAUUUUCUCCAAGUCCCGACAACUCCGCUCUCGUUUCAGGAUCCGAGGACAAAACCGCAGUCGUCUGGGACACUAAACGUGGUCGCGAGCUUCUUCGUCUAGAAGGACACGCUUCUCGGGUGGACUACGUCGUAUACGCUCCUCAUGCCGCACUCGUUGCCACUGCUUCCAGCGGGGACCGAUCCGUGAAGGUUUGGGAUGCCUCAACCGGCGCACGCCUGCACUCCUUCAGCAUCGAUGAAGACAUAUCCAAGCUUGCCUUCUCUCCAGACGGCUCGCGUUUCUACGUCGGGCUACUCCCCUCCUGUUCCAUCUACGACACCCAGACGUUUGCACACAUCACUACAUUGCAGCAUGAGGACAGGUCGCGUUUCGAGUGGUCGAUGCCUCGCCGAGGAGAUCGCAUGGUGAUCGCAUCGGCAGACGGUCAAGUGAAGAUCCGGAGUGCGAUGACUGGCGAAGAGCUCCUCGCGAUCAACCACCCGAAGCCUCUCUCUUUCCCGGCCGCGUUCUCUCCAGACGGGGCGGAGAUAUUGGCAACAUGCAAUGCAAACAACGAGGCGAUCACCUACGACUCGCAGACGGGUGAACUACGUCGUGUCUACAACUUACCGAGUAGAGUGUGCCAUGUGGCAUACUCUUCGAAGGGAGACUACGUUGCCCUAUGUAGCGUCGACGAAAAGCUCCAAGUGUACGAUGCAAGGUCCGGGGCAUUCCUUGCCAGGUUUGAGGGAAAGAGAUACUUCGGUCGUCUCCAAUUUCUGCCUGAUCGCCCGACCCUCCUGAUACAUCCUCACGAAGGACCUCUCCGUUUGUUGAAUAUUCGGGAUGUAUUGCGCAUGCGAUAGUGUACUAUUAGCAUAACAACGUAGCAGUGCCCGCCUUAGUUGAUGUAAUUUACUUUUUGACAUGCGACAAGUAAAGGCGAACAACGAUCCAUGCCUUGUAGGAUAACCAAUAUCAUUGGCGUACUCCAAGCUAUGGGUCUAUUGAAACAUGACAUCGCGUAGAGAUACAU